CUCUUUCCCCUGUCACGUGACGGGGGUGACGCUCUGCGGCUGAUGAUGUGACACGGCAAACUGAACCCUCUGCUGCUGCUAACACUGGUUAGCACGUUUGUUGAUACUUCAGAUUUCACCGAUUUCUCCUCCACACAAGGACAAAAAUGGACAACAGCGGGAAAGAUAAGGAGGCAACAGCCUUAAUGGCGGAGGCAGACAAGAAAGUGAGAUCGUCGCAGUCGUUUUUCGGAGCGAUGUUUGGGUGAGUUUGUCGGGGAGCUAAUUUUUGUCCAGAAGGCUAACGGCCAAGUAAGCGGAAGGAGGAAAAACAUCUGUUAAUAAAAACAUCUGAGAUAAAAACACUAAUAUUUAACAAAAGGGGCUGGUAUAAGACUAAUGUUUAACUGUUAAUGGAAAUAUGAAAGCUGUAGUGUUAUUCGGUGUUCUCUUCAAUCAGCUGACAGAAUAUAAAAAUAACAUGUGAGUUAAUAUUAUAACUCUGUCUGUGGGGAAUAUUGGUCGAUAAAUGUGAUUUGGAGUAUGUUUUUCUGUCAUGUUAGUUAGUUGUCAGCAGAAUUAGUUAUUUGAUAUAAACACUAAAGCCGUGUAUUCACAGUAAACAUUAGUUUUAAUCUCUCUUUAGCGCCACCUGCUGCUUAAUUCCCGCAAAGACAGUCGGUCCUGAGGGUAAAUUUCAUGUCCACCACAUCAGAAUCAGAAUCAGAAAUACUUUAAUCAUCCCCAGGGGGAAACUGCUGUUUUUCACAGUAACUCCAGAGCACAUUAAGUAGGAAGAGUAGAUUAAUAAUGGAUAAAAUACGUAAAAAUAAAGAGAUAAAUAGAUAAAAUAAGUAAAAAAUAAAGAGAUAAUAUAAAAGUGUAUACACAAUAUGCAACACAAAACCAGACCCGCCAUCAUAAUCAUUUCUAAAAUUGUUUGUUUGUCAUGUCCAAUUGGCUAAUUGCUUUGGGGAAUCACUCUUAAUUUGUUCUGGCGUACAUAUUCUCAGUCAUGUAUGCAAAUUUGUUACUAAAGGGUAUACAUGAUACAUUUAUAUAUACAAACCAUGAGCAAUUUUAGACGCACAUCUGCUAGUGCAGUCGUGUGCUUUGGGCAUCAUGCAAUUCAAUUCAACCUUGCACUGUACCGCGCAUCGUGCAGUUCAAUGUAAUUUCGCACUGAUGCACUCGUCACUUUAAGAAGCUGUACUGUAACAAAUGGCAUUACAAACAUGUUUAGCACAUGACACUCUAAUUAGCAUUUUAGCACUUUACAAUUCUCCUUUAAUCUUUUUGGUUCCCUUACUAUUGGUCACUUAGUUUUUGGUCUGUGUACGUUGUUAAUGUAUAUUAUGUGUAUGUUGUCAGUGCAUUGUUCUCCUGUCUUAGUCAUGUUGUUUGUACUUUUAACAUUAUUGCUUUUGUGUUUAACAUCAACCUGCCAAUGGGACUGGGGAUGAAAAUUUCAGCUACUUUCAGCACUAGUUUUUCUCAACUAACCACUUCUGCGUUCACACAGGGGUUCCUCGAAGAUGGAGGAGGCCUGUGACAUGUAUGUGAGGGCUGCAAACAUGUACAAAAUGGCCAAAAACUGGUGUGGUAAGAAUGACAAAUACAGUUAUAAUAGACAAGUGUAAUUUAUGGCUAAAUCUGUAAAGACUGUUCCUCCUUUAAUAUGAAGUAUUCUCCUUUCAGCUGCAGGUAACGCUUUCUCCCAGGCGGCCCGCCUUCACCUCCAGAUGCAGGGCAAACAUGAUGCUGCAACAAAUUUCAUAGAUGCUGGAAAUGCCUUCAAAAAAGCAGAUCCCCAAGGUAAUUAUUACUCCCCACUGACCUUGGGUAUUGAGCCACAAGUGCUGACUAGUAUCACUCUUUUUACAAGCUGCCCUAUCUUGUCCUCUUGACAGUCACAUAUUUUUAUGAAGGUUUUUAUAGAAAAAAAUACUGAAAUAACGUAACUAUUCACUACUCCUGCUGUGGUGCAGGUAACUCACACAAUUCCGGGCAAAUAACUUCUUUAAAAUUGAAAGAAAAGGACGAAGUUACUGAGUCAAACCCACUUUUAAUCACAGGAACAGUUUUGAACAGGCGCUGGCCUUGAACUUGUGAUUUUAUGAUCUUGUAAAAAAGCCAGUGUUCACUUUCUUCUUCAGUUUUUAUCAGUUCUCUGGGUGAUGUCCAUGAAAUGUGUCACUAUGCCUGAGUGUUUUUAUUUCUUUUAACAGAGGCCAUAAACUGCUUAAAUCGAGCGAUUGAGAUUUACACCGACAUGGUGAGGUUAUGAAUUUGCAGCUGUUUCUGUGAAAACGAUAAAAGCUGCUUAAAACAUUUGAAAUUUCUCUGAACUUUUUAAACGUGUUGAUGUCUACCCUCAUGUGUUUUUUUUAUCUGUUAGGGGCGCUUCACCAUCGCAGCCAAACAUCACAUCACCAUCGCAGAAAUAUACGAGACAGAGCUGGUGGACAUCGACAAGGUCAGUGUCUUUGAUCGAAGAUUUAACUCGAAGAUUUAAGACGAACUAAUAAUUAUUUAUGCUGUUUUUAAUUAACCUUGUGCUUGUAGCUGUCAUUAACAUGCUUUUGUUCAAUAUACACUCCAGGCCAUCGCUCAUUAUGAACAGGCAGCAGAUUAUUACAAAGGUGAAGAAUCCACCAGGUGACUAUUUCAAAUCAGAUUCUGUCUUGAUGUUCUCAUUCACUGAAAUGCACCUGUUUCCUCAAUAUUUUUGUUUCUAAUGAAACGUUUUGAAUUUUGUGUGACUGCUGAACUGACCGAUAAUUUACACAUUCAUUUUUCAGUUCAGCAAACAAGUGCCUUCUGAAAGUAGCAACCUACGCAGCUCAGCUGGAGCAGUAUCCAAAAGCAAUUGAGAUCUACGAACAGGUGUGUUUGAGAUUGUGUUGUCUUGACUUACUAGAAAAAAACAAUAAACCUACAAGCCUAGAGGCGUCUGAAACCGGCUCAACACCUGAGUGACGAGUUCACAGGCCGCUUGUCAAUAAUAAAAUUAGGCUCCACGGGUCCACUACAAUAAUAAUCCACCAUGAGUUUAUUUACAGCAUAAGUUCCAAAAUGCACAAUUGCAUGAAAAGAUACAGAUUCAUCCUUGAAAAGUGCAAAAAAACAAAUUGACGGUCAAAGAUUUGUAUGCUUUCACUGAUCACAAACACUCACACACCUGCCUCUAAUCAGCGACAUCAGAGACAAGGAAACACUCCUGCCUUUAAUGCAGGUGGAGCCACCUACUGGAAAACAUUGAAACUGUAUGAACCCAAAAUCCAUAGACUGCAUGAGAAGUUUAAAUACAUACAUAUAGAGUAUAGCACUACCAUAAAAAUUGUCUCUCAGAGAUCUUAGUCUGCCGAAGUUUCUCCACAGGGUCUAAAUCAGACAGUCUGAACCAUCAGUUGUAUUUUUCUAGGUUGGGACUCAUGCGAUGGACAGUACGCUCCUGAAAUACAGUGCCAAGGAUCACUUCUUCAAAGCGGCGCUCUGUCACUUUUGUGUCGACAUGCUGAACGCUAAAGUAAGUUGUAACACAGGUCAGGUAUCCACGCACAGCGAGAGUCAAACAAACCCUUUUUUAUUAACAUUCAUCUUCUUGUCGAUCAGCUCGCUGUUCAGAAGUACGAAGAAAUGUUUCCGGCCUUUUCAGACUCUCGAGAAUGCAAGCUUUUGAAGGUAGGAUUCACUUCAUCACACGUUCAAGGUUUUCAACAUAAACUAUUAUCUCUAAGACAGACAAAGACAUUUUCGACUGAACAAACCGUUCAGUGGGUAACAUGUUAGUUUCCUGUUUCCCCCUGAUGUGGUCGCUCAGCGCGGCUGUGAAGAUGAAGUCGGCUUAUCUGUCUGCUUCUAAUCAGAAACUAAAGGAGGAUUGUUACAGCAGCCUUGUUUCUUUACAACAUUCACCCCGACUGUAAACACUUUUAAUUCGGGGUUAAAAACAUUUUUCUGUUCAUGUGCUCAUGGCUGAGCUCUUUUUAAUGAUUUUAAACUUUAUCUGUAGCUCCUGCUUUUGAUUGUUUUUUCUUUUUUUUGUUUUUGUUUUUAUGCUGCUCUUUUUUUUUUUUUUUUAAGGCACAUUGAGUUUUCUUGGAAUUAAAUGUGUUAAAUAAAUAAAGAUGCUUUGCCCUCGCCUUAGUCCAAUUCAGGGCCACCUCCCACCCCCUGAAAUAGAAAUAUGUUUAAAUUAAAUGUGAUGGUUUUGUAAUGACUGCUAACAGACAUACAGUCCGUGUGUCAUAACCUGUUUUAUCUGCAUAUUUUCCUGUCUUGAUGCAGCUUUUCUCACGUACAGAAGUUUAACGUGAACAUUUCCCUUCCAGAAACUUCUAGAUGCCUAUGAAGAACAGAACGUGGACGCCUAUACUGACUCAGUGAGUUUCCUCAAACAGGGACAGAUCAUUUCUUUGACUUCCAAUAUUUUCAUCAGUGUCGGUCUUUGUCAUGGCUUUUUCCUGACUCCAAAACUCAGCAGUUUUUGUUCAUUUCUGAAUUUUUCGCCGUGUUUCUCAGGUGAAAGAAUUCGACACCAUUUCACGGUUGGACCAGUGGCUCACCACCAUGCUUCUGCGCAUCAAGAAAACCAUACAGGAUGACGAGAGUGACCUUCGCUGACUUUCCUGCCUGCUCGCCCUCGAAUCCUCAACAAGCGAUUUGCAUCCCUCUCUUUGCCUUGAGCCUGUCACUCUCAUUCUAGGAGCCAUUUUAACUCUUUGACCAUUUCCCCCUUUACUCUCUCACAGAUACUCUGUUUCUUUCCGACCAUCUGCAGUAUUUCUUCUUGCCUUUUUAAUCUGCUUGACUCGUGCUCCAAUUUAUGGUAUUUAACACUAUUUUCCUGAGUGCACAAUGCACAAAGUGUAGAAAUUAUAUAUAUUGUUGAUACUGUUGAUCGCCCAGCACAAAUCAAAGAAGUCAUAAUGGGCUGCAAUAAGAGAAACAUACCAGCACGCCAAUAUAAUAAUAAAGUUUUAACAGAUUAUUUUUGUUACUGGGGUGAGAGGAUGCAAACUUACUAACACUUUGAGCUCCAGGAUCUUUUUUCCAGAGUGUGUGUCUAACAAACGAGACCGACCAAAACGCCAUCCCAGCGCUCUCAUUGGCUUUUGGUUCUUCUUCUUCUUCAGUGCUCGAGUGUACUGUAGGUACACUGUAGGUCAAUCAGGGCACCUCUAAUUAAGCAGCACUUCAUCUCAAUCUCUGAACAGCGAGGCGGAGAGUUUCUGAGGUUGUUCUCGAGCGAAUACCCCCUCUGCCUUACAUUGAGAAGUUCUCAGGAUGCAAAGAGCUAGACGUGAUUAAAAUUGACGCUUUAGAAGAAAUUUCAUUGAAUUUGCUGAUUUUUGUUUCUCGUCAUUUCCAUUAAAAGUGCUUUUAUUCCACUAACGAGGGUGAAAGAAACCCUCCAACCUUUGUGAACAGUUGCAUGGAUUGUCAUGUCGAGUGAAACUACAGCAGAAGUUUUUAUUUACAUAGAAGGUUUUUUUGUGUGGAUGUUUAUCGUCACCCUUCAUCCCCACCCAGGCUUUCAUAAAAACACACAUUUGUUAAAGCCUGCAUGAGAUGCAAUACAUCCAAAAGAGCUUUACUGAUCUGAACACUGUGUUCAUGUUUCCCCUCAUCCUCUCAAAUGAUUUGAUUAUUUGUGGUAUUUGUUGUCAAACCUCUGAAUAAAAGCUGACUUCAUCACAGCAUCCUGGG